AUGGCUGCUCACGAUCCCAGUAAGCAAGGGCUCCUCGGCUCCACGUCCACCGAGCAUCACGCCGAUUACUCGUCCGACUCCGACGACAACGUCAACAUCAACACCACCCCCAAACGUCCCGCCCACAGACAGAAACAACAGCGAACACGACGCACCCAGCCCACCAACCCAACACUACCAACCUUCCAGCCACUGCCCACCCGCAAACCAUGGCUAGCUAGACGCAGCAGGUACUGCCUCAUCUUUGCCGCCUUUGGGCUCAUCCUCUUCGUCAUCCUCCUCGUCGGGGGAGGUCUAGGAUACAAGGCCGCUCUCCAAGAACCUCCCUACGGCCUCUCACCACCAUGGUAUCCUUCUCCAAAGGGUGGCAUAGCCGGCACCUGGUAUGAGUCCUACCAAAAGGCGGCCAAACUGGUGUCCAAAAUGACCCUGGCCGAGAAAGUCAACAUCACCACCGGCGUCGGCUGGCAAAUGGGUCUGGCAGUCGGCACCACCGCCCCUGCUGUGCUCGUCGGCUUCCCUGCUUUACAACUACAGGAUGGACCGCUGGGUAUCCGAAAUGCGAACAACAUCACUGCUUUCCCAGCCGGAAUCACCGUCGGCGCGACCUGGAAUCGUCAGUUGAUGUACGCCCGUGGUAAAGCACACGCCAUCGAGGCCCGUGCCAAGGGGGUAAACGCCAUUCUCGGCCCCUGUGUCGGUCCUCUUGGUCGCAUGCCCGCCGGCGGUCGCAACUGGGAGGGUUUUGGCUCGGAUCCCUACUUGCAGGGCAUCGCGGGGGCGGAAACGAUCAGAGGCAUCCAGUCCGAGGGCGUCAUGGCGACCGUCAAGCAUUUCAUUGCUAACGAGCAGGAACACUUUCGCCAGCCGUGGGAGUGGGGACUGCCGAAUGCUAUUUCCUCCAACGUGGACGACAGGACAUUGCACGAGUUGUAUGCCUGGCCUUUUGGCGACGCGGUCAAGGCGGGCGUGGCCAGCGUCAUGUGCUCAUAUAACAUGGUCAACAACAGCUAUGCGUGUGGGAACAGCAAGUUGCUGAAUGGGAUCCUCAAGGACGAGCUGGGGUUCCAGGGGUUUGUCAUGAGUGAUUGGCUGGCGCAAAGGGCAGGAGUCAGUACGGCGUUGGCGGGGUUGGAUAUGACGAUGCCGGGUGAUGGACUCAGGUGGGCGAAUGGCAAAAGUCUGUGGGGGAAGGAGUUGAGCAAGGCGGUGCUGAAUGGGAGUGUACCGGUGGAGAGGAUGGAUGAUAUGGCUACGAGAGUGGUGGCGGCUUGGUAUCAGAUGGGCCAGGAUAAUGAGGAAAGGUGGCCAAGGGAUAAGGGGCCGAACUUUUCGAGUUGGACGAACGAACAGAUGGGGGUUUUUAGCCCAGGGAGCCCGACGGAGCAGGAGACGGUGGUGGUUAACCAGUUUGUGGAUGUACGGGCGAAUCACUCGGUUAUUGCGAGGCAGGUGGCGGCCGAGGGGACGGUGCUGUUGAAGAACGAGGGUCCGGUCUUACCACUUAGCCGAGCGGGACUUCGCAAACGCCAGGCCGCCAAUAACACCCCCGACAGGGUCAAAAUCGGCAUCUUUGGCGAAGACGCCGGUCCCUUGCCCGGAGGUCCCAACUCCUGCCCAGACCGCGGCUGCAACCAGGGCACUUUGGGAUCCGGCUGGGGUUCAGGGGCUGUGGAAUUCCCAUACCUGGUCACACCUGUCGAAGCUCUCCGCAAGCAGUUCGACUCGUCAAAGGUUGAGCUGCACGAGCAUCUAUCCAACCAACUUCCUUUUUCACUUUCUGAAAAGGCCGUGAUCGAUGACCUUGACCUUUGCCUCGUCUUCGUCAAUGCCGAUGCCGGCGAGGGCUUCAAGGCGUGGGAAAACGUCCGUGGUGAUCGACCUGAUCUCUUCCUACAGAAGAACGGCGAUGCUUUGAUCCAGGAAGUAGCUGCUAGGUGCGGCGGCGGGUUUAGUGAUGUCGUGGUCGUCAUCCAUGCCGUCGGCCCGGUGGUGAUGGAGCGCUGGAUCGAUCUCCCCCAGAUCAAAGCCGUUGUGUUCGCUAACCUUCCCGGUGAGGAGUCCGGAAACGCUUUGGUGGACGUGCUGUUCGGUCAUGUCAAUCCCUCCGGCCAUCUUCCCUUUACUAUCGGCAAAUCGUUAGAAGACUAUGGACCAGGCGGACAGGUCCUCUACCUCCCCAACGGCGUCGUCCCGCAGCAGAAUUUCAGCGAAGGGCUGUACGUCGACUACCGAUGGUUUGACAGGAUGGGCAUCACCCCCCGCUUCGAAUUCGGCUACGGCCUGAGUUACACCCCUUUUGAACUCGGUAACGCCACCGUCAAGACUAUCCGGCCCAAAUCCGCCCUACCUUUUCCUCGUCUUGAUGCGCUUGUGGAACCGCCCACCUACUCAACCGACAUCCCUCCGGUCGAAGAGGUCCUCUGGCCUGAAGGCGACAAGGAGAUCAGGAGGUUGGACAAGUACAUCUACCCGUAUCUCUCUCCAGAUGAAGCACACAACGCUGUGGCAUCCAGAAAAGGAGGCAAGAAGUAUCCUUAUCCUGAUGGCUACGACACCCCCGCACCUUUGAGUCAAGCAGGCGGUGACGAGGGUGGGAACCCCGAGCUCUGGGCGGUUUAUGCCAAGGUGACAGUGGACGUGCGGAAUACGGGCAAGGUAGCGGGUUCCGUGGUGCCGCAGCUGUAUCUCUCUUAUCCUGAUUCUCCGAAGGAGUCUGCAAAUGGAACGGUCCAGGUAGAUUUCCCCGUCAAGGUACUAAGGGGGUUCGACAAAGUCUACUUGGAGGCGGGCAAGUCGGCAAAGGUGGAGUUUAACUUGACGAGAAGGGAUCUGAGUUAUUGGGAUGUUGAAGUGCAGAAUUGGGUGAUGAUUAUGGAGGGGGCGUAUACUUUCCAUUCUGGUGACUCGGACUGGCAACCCCCUUUGCAUUUAACCCCUUCAAGACAAUCUUCUCCCGGCCUCGAUCGAGAGGCCGUCCAUACUCUGCAAGAAUGGCCGCCGCAGCAUGCUCAGCAGCCGCCAGCGUCCGCGUCUCGGUCUUCUUCUUCCAGCCUGCAAUACUCGUUGCAGGACACGCCGCCCUUUGACUUUGACUUUUCUUGCGAUUUAUUAAGCGAUUACGAUUUCCUUCAUCAUCAGCAACAAGACUUUAACUGGGCCGACCCUCUUCUGUUUCCCGACCAACGGGAUCUGACAUCUCUCGCCUUUCCAAUCUCGACUACGACUACUACUACUACUUGCGACACUGCUCCAACUUCAACCACUGUCUCGCCCUUUGCCCCGACAUUACCUUUGUCAGUAACACCAUCGCCACUCCUCGCCGACACCAACGACAUCUUUCAACAACAAGGCUGGGCCGACCCUUCACCAUCGGCACCACCACAACCGCCCAUGCACCUUUCUCUUGACCAUCAUCACCUUUCCUCCGACGACCCAUACGCCGCCGCUUCCCUCAGCCAUGUCACCGACACGCUCUCCACCACCAUGGGCUUGACCAUGCCAAGUGGACGGAACACAACAACCCUGGACCUGUACAGGACAGCCAGCAACAAUUCCGGCAGCAGCAGCAACAACAACAUGGGCUACAGUCAACUCAACGCCACCACCUCUUCCAGUUCUCGCGAUCACUCAACCACCCCUCCCACCUCGCAAUCUUCUGGCUCCACUUCCCCGACAGCAUCGACCAGCCAUGACGGGCACGGGGGGCAAGGCCAUCUCUACCCCGGCCUAACCCUCCCGUCUCCCGUCGAUGCUUCCAGCAAGCCCAAGCGCGGUCGUCCACCCGGUCCCAAGAAGCGCGCUCUUUCUCCUAGCGUCGCUGCCGAAGGCGAGCUCACAGACUCUGAGGACAUCCUGAUCAAGCGGCAGCGCAACAACAUUGCCGCGAAAAAGUACCGCCAGAAGAAGAUUGACAGGAUACAAGAGCUCGAGGAGGAGGUGGAUCAGAUCAAAAAGGAGAGGGACGAGUUGAGGCUGAUGCUGGCCAAGAGGGAUGCGGAGGUGGGCAUGUUGAGGGAGAUGCUUGUCAUGGCUAAGCAGGGGCGGUGA